GCCAGGUCAUUUGAGCAUAGGCAUAAGGUAGACUGAGCAGAUCUCAGCUAUUCUUGUCUUUUUCUAGCAUUCACUGGACAUCCACUGAGUGAAGAUGCAAAACGGCACUGAAGGACACAAUUUCUAUGUCCCCAUGUCCAACAGGACUGGACUUGUACGAAGUCCUUUUCUAUACCCACAGUACUACCUGGCACCUAAAUGGCAAUUCUAUUGUCUUGCUUUCUACAUGUUUAUCUUAAUCUGCCUUGGAUUCCCCAUCAACGGUCUGACCUUGUAUGUCACAGCCACGAACAAGAAGCUAAGACAACCUCUCAACUUCAUCCUGGUCAACUUGGCUGCAGCUGGAAUGAUCAUGGUCCUUUUUGGAUUCACCAUCACUAUCACAUCAGCUCUAAAUGGCUACUUUAUCUUUGGGCCAAUGGGUUGUGCUAUUGAAGGCUUUAUGGCUACUCUUGGAGGUCAAGUUGCCCUGUGGUCUCUGGUAGUGCUGGCUAUUGAGAGAUACAUUGUGGUCUGUAAGCCCAUGGGCAGCUUCACCUUCACUGCCACCCACGCUGGUGUUGGUGUUGCAUACACCUGGAUUGCUGCUUUUGCUUGUGCUGGUCCUCCACUGUUGGGCUGGUCCAGGUACAUCCCAGAGGGUAUGCAGUGCUCAUGUGGACCUGACUACUACACACUGGCUGAAGGCUACAACAAUGAAUCCUAUGUGAUCUAUAUGUUCACAUGCCAUUUCAUCACCCCAGUGUGUGUGAUAUUCUUCACUUAUGGAAGCCUUGUCCUCACAGUCAAGGCAGCUGCAGCUUCCCAGCAGGACUCCGCAUCUACCCAGAAAGCAGAGAGGGAAGUCACACGUAUGUGUGUUCUUAUGGUUGGUGGUUUCCUGAUCGCCUGGACGCCCUACGCCAGCCUUGCCGCCUACAUCUUCUUCAACAAAGGAAUUGCCUUCUCUGCCCAGUCCAUGGCUGUCCCUGCUUUCUUCUCGAAGAGCUCGGCCUUGUUCAACCCUUUUAUCUACGUGGUGAUGAACAAACAGUUUCGUGGCUGCAUGCUGGCUGCUGUAGGAAUGAAAGCAGAAGAUGAUGAGACUUCUGUUUCAGCUAGCAAGACAGAAGUGUCUUCUGUGAGCCCUGCAUAAAGACUUUCCCUCAUCCUCCAUAUUCUGCCCACUUAUUUCUACUUUUGUCUGAUGCUCAGGGUCGCCAGAUUUCACUGACAGUGCACUACCCAAUUACAGCCAAAAUCCCACGUCUCCACAGAAAACCCUAUCUGUAAAUAGACCCACCCAAGCCCAUUUUGAAAACUGCCCCAUCUGGCAACACUGCUGAUGCUCUACAUGGAAUGGAUUUGAAGACCAUUCUUUGACCACAUUAUGUGCAAAUUAUUAUCUUGGCUUGCAACAAUUGGACUGUGUCACACCCAAAUAAAAUUAACACUACAAAUAACUGAAGUAAAGUUUCAGGUUGUAACAGAAUCAAGGCAGUGUAUUUACAUUUAAUUUGAUCACAUUUCUGGUUUUCUUUGCUCUCAGUGAAGAAACAACUCCCCAAACAAGGCAACAUAGAAUCCAGUCUCUGAGGGCACACCAGAUGAAGACCAUCUUUGGUCAAGUGUGAUUCAAUCUGCACUGUCUUUGGAAAAAAAAUUAUAUUCUUCACAAAUAGAUGAGCACGGAUGUCUGUUUUGAUGGAUCAUGAGAAAAUAUUUAAUUUUUUAUAGUACUAGUAAAUAAAUGCAUGCAUGAAAAUA